AUGCCUGUUCAGGCCAUUCGGUGCACGUUGGUCAACUGCACGUGUGAGUGUUUCCAGCCGGGAAAGAUCCACCUGCGGACGUGUGACCAGUGCAAGCACGGCUGGGUCGCCCACGCCCUGGACAAGCUGAGCACCCAGCACCUGUACCACCCCACUCAGGUGGAGAUCGUCCAGUCCAACGUGGUUUUCGACAUCAGCAGCCUCAUGCUCUAUGGAACACAGGCCGUCCCGGUCCGCCUCAAGAUCCUGCUAGACCGCCUCUUCUCUGUGCUCAAGCAGGAGGAGGUGCUGCACAUCCUCCACGGCCUGGGCUGGACGCUGCGAGACUACGUGCGAGGAUACAUCCUGCAGGAUGCUGCAGGCAAGGUCCUGGACCGCUGGACCAUCAUGUCUCGGGAAGAGGAGAUCAUCACCCUGCAGCAGUUCCUCCGCUUUGGUGAAACCAAGUCCAUUGUUGAACUGAUGGCCAUCCAGGAGAAGGAAGGUCAGGCAGUCACUGUUCCCUCCUCCAAGACUGACUCCGGGAUUAGGACAUUUAUUGAGAGCAACAACAGAACCCGCAGCCCCGGGCUGAUAACACAUAUGGAAAGCAGUAGUCCAUCGAGCAUCCAUCAUUUUGAAAACAUCCCCAAUAGCCUUGCCUUCCUUCUGCCCUUUCAGUACAUCAACCCAGUGUCUGCACCCAUGCUUGGCUUACCCCCUAACGGCCUGCCCAUGGAGCAGUCUGCUCUGCGUCUGCGAGAGCCCUCCCUCCCAAACCAGGGAGAGCAGGUGGAGACUAGUGAAUCCGAAGUGUCCUUGUCUCCAUUCCGCUCAGGCCAGAGUCCAAGCCGAGGAGGCCUUGGAUCAUUAAAUCACAUAGAACCCAAGACAGAGCCCAGUAACAGAGCUUCACCUAUCUCCCCCACCCCCUCCCAGCAGUCACAGCUCCGGUCACAAUCCACACCACAGCCACAAUCAGGACUACCACAGUCCCAGAGUCAGACACAGCAGCCCAGCACUAUGACCGACUCACAAGUCCAUCAUCACUUUGCCAAGGAAGAGCAGAAACAAAGUAUAACACAUGCUUCCUUCUCCUCCAAAAUGCACCGAAUGCGGCGAAUGGGGUCCACCUCACGGAAGGGGCGUGUUUGUUGCAACUCUUGUGGCAAAACCUUUUAUGAUAAAGGCACUCUCAAAAUACACUACAAUGCUGUACACUUGAAGAUUAAGCACCGUUGUACCAUCGAGGGCUGCAACAUGGUAUUUAGCUCACUCCGCAGUCGCAAUCGUCACAGUGCCAAUCCUAAUCCACGGUUACACAUGCCAAUGUUACGCAACAACCGUGAUAAAGAUCUUAUUCGUGCCACUGGCAACUCUGGUACACCAGUCAUCUCAAGCACCAAAAAUGGAGCCUUUACACUAACCAGCCCAGGAAGACCCCCACUGGGCUUCACCACACCUCCAGUGGAUCCCAUGUCUCCACUCCAAAGUCCCCUUAUGUUUCCCUCGCUGAAGUCAGUCCAGCCAGUCCAGCCUGUGCCCCCAUUCUACCGCACACUACUGUCUCCUGCAGAUCUGGUGAGUCCUCCAGUGUCCCUACCCACCAGCCCCAUCCUGCCCACUACCACUAACAGCACCUCUCUGAUGGACCAGCAGCAGCAGCUCCUUGCAGCAGCAGCUGCACACAACAGUGUCCACGUAUCAGAGGCAGGCCCCAUGUCUCACCGCUUAUCCACUCCCAGUGCCAACCAUGAGGGUACUAUGGGCAACAGUGACCCCACACCCAAAAAGAAGCCCCGCAAGUCCAGUAUGCCAGUGAAAAUUGAAAAGGAAGUCAUUGAUGUGGCAGAUGACUAUGAGGACAAAGAUGAGGAUGAUGAUCAUAUCCAUAACCACCAUCACCACCAGUCCUCUCUCCUGCACAACAGCCUGAAGAUGAAUGGAAACUGUAACAACGGCAGCAGCACAGGGAACCACAGUGGAGGCAGUGGGCAGCAGUCUCCCUCUCAGGAUGAAAUGAGUCCAGGACUGGCUCUUAGGGGAAUGAUGAGGAGUGAGGAUGACUGCCGAGACGGAGCAGGCAGUGACAGUAGAGGAGAUCUCAGGAGCACAGGAGACAUGCGCUGUAUGGACAGUUUCACAUCAGAGGACCAGGACCAUGAGAGAGACUUUGAAAAUGAAUCUGAAAACUCAGACUCUAAAAUGUUCUAUCGGGAUGAAAUGAUGGAUGUAGAAGAUCAGCACAAACACCACAGACUGGGCAGGGGUCUAGAGAAAGACAUGGUCGAUGAGGUUGGAGAAGAAAGACACUUAAAACAAAAUGAAGGCAAGAGCCAUUCAUCCCCAUCCCCACAUCAGCCUGCCAUGAAGAUAAAGGAAGAGCUUAGCGACCCUACUUAUGACAUGUUCUGCAUGGGACAGUACGGCCUUUACAAUGGAGGCAUGGCAGCAGCAGCGGCAGCGGCAGCCAGUAUGGCUGCUCUUCACGAGAGCUUCAUCUCCUCUAUGGGCUAUGGGGCCAGCCCACCCAAGUUCCCAACUUCUCAGUCACCCGAUGGAGACCCAUGCUCAAGCCCCGACCCCAAGAUCUGUUAUGUAUGUAAGAAAAGCUUCAAGAGCUCAUAUAGCAUGAAGCUGCACUACAAGAAUGUGCAUCUCAAAGAGAUGCAUGUCUGCACUGUGGCUGGCUGCAAUGCUGCUUUCCCCUCUCGACGGAGCCGAGACAGGACAUUGCACAGCUCCAACAUCAACCUGCACCGCAAACUGCUGACCAAAGAGCUGGACGACAUAGUCCUGGACCCCCACCUCACGCCUCUGCCCAAAGACCUGCGAGUCGGGUUUUUGGCCAAGCUCUACGCCGGCCACCACCACCACCACAUGGGCCUGGACCCGAUGCUGGGGAUGGCUGUCGGGGGCCCCCAUUCCCCCAUGAACAAUAUCUACCCCCACUUCCCCAGUAGUCUCCAUCCUCCCCAUUACAACCACCACCUCAACCACCUCAACGGCUUCUCUAGAGCUCCGCCGGAGGACUACGCGGUUCUGGACCUGAGCACCGCGUCCAGCCUCCACUCGGGCAGCAGUGUCCACUCGUCCCCCGGGUCGGACGAGGGCAGCGACGAGGGCAUCUUGUUGGACGACCUGUACGACGAGGAAGAGGAGGAGGAGGAGGUGAACAGCGAGGGGGAGAGCGUGGAGAGAAGGCGUGCGCAAAGUGACAGCGGCGAGACCGGGGCGGAGUUUGCGUGCCAUCCGGUCGCGGGGGGAAGCGGCGGCGGCGUCCUUUGCAAUAUCUGCCACAAGAUGUACAGCAACAAGGGGACUUUGCGUGUGCACUACAAGACUGUCCAUCUGCGGGAGAUGCACAAAUGCAAAGUCCCUGGCUGUAAUAUGGUUUUCAGUUCCGUGCGUAGCCGCAACAGACACUCGCAGAACCCCAAUCUCCACAAAAACGCACCAUUCUCCUCCAUCGUGGACUGA